AUGAACACGCCUCCUCGUGGUCGGUUUUUGGUUCGCCAAACAGCCAUUGUUGUUUGGCAAUAUCUAGCUUUGGAUGUCUUUGCCACUCUUGGGUUGCAACAGGCAUUGGAGCAAGAGAAAAUUGGGAUGUUGCCGCCAGUGCCUCAAUGGGAUAUCUCAACCGAACAAUGGAUUGAACGUAUCAUCUCAAACAUCAUGGCUGGAUUUGUGGUGAGCCGAAUUCUCAUCGAUUUCCACCAUCGUGUCUUUUCGAUCAUCCUUGUGGGACUUGGACUCGACACGCCUGAAAAUUGUCCUCCAUUGUACGGAAGGGCGCUGGAUGCCGAUACAGUACGGGGCUUCUGGGGGAAAUUCUGGCACCAAUUGCUGCAAAACCCCCUGACCUCUGUCAGCGCUUUCAUCACACAAGAUAUAUUGGGUCUAACGCCAAGGUCCUUCGUGCAGCGGUACAUGAAUGUUUUUGUUGUUUUCUUCUGCUCAGGCGGGUUGCAUCUUAUCCUCGAUAUUGUGCAGGGGAUCCCACCACAGGAAUCUGGCGCCAUGUUAUUCUUCGUCACGGCACCUCUAGGCCUCAUGAUUGAAGACGUCAUAAAAGCACUUUGGAAAUAUUUUUCGAAGUCUAAUGGACAAAGCCAAAAACUCCCUAAACCGCUGUGGCAAAGGGCUCUUGGCCUAACCUGGUCUAUGGCAUGGCUAGGUUUCACCUCAACUGGGUUCUUCUACCCACAGGUGGUGAGGCCAGAAAACCAGGUCCUGGUUCCUUUUUCUGUGGCAGGCCAGAUUGGACUGCCUAUACUGGUAGGGGGUUGUUUUGGUUGGUGGUGCUGUGCUAGCAAAGGUGUUUGA